CCUUGUCCUGCUUGCAAUUGUAGCUUAGCCGGUACAAUCUGUUCGAUUUCAGCUCAACAAAUACAGCCAAGCUCAUCGCAUACUAUUCAAUCACCACGUGACCACGCGACCCGCGAUUUACGCGUCGAUCAACUCUACGCUCGCUCUCAAACAAGCCAAGGCGUCAAAACCCCCAUCUUUCAAGCAGUUUACAGGAGCACGAUCUCAACACAGAUCAAAAAUUAGCAAUCGGCCAACAUGUCUCUUCAAACUCCCCGCAUUCUCCCCUCCCACCUCCACGCCUUCCACCCCUCCAGCGCUGGCUCGCACACCACAUACACCGUGCGUUUACUCGGCACCGUCACCGCGCUGCACGGCAGCACUGGAACCCUCACCUGUGGAAACAACGGCGAUGUCACACUUAUCUUGAAGUCCGAUGCGCGCCUACAAGUCGGGAAGCUGGUUGAGGUUGUUGGGAAAGUGGCUGAUCUGGAGGGUGGUCAGGGAUACGGACUUCGUGUUUUGGGCUCUACAGAGUGGGGUGACCCUGCUGAUUGCGAUUACAAGAUCUAUGAGCAAGUUGUCAAUGCUACGCAUCGGUUCACAAACAUCUUUUACAACGUCGAGUAAAGGAUUGGCAUGCGAGAACUUCAAGCAUAUGGGUUGUGCUUCUUUCCAGUGAAAGUGAACUGUCUGUCUGUGAUGCUUGAUGGCCUGCUGUGUUGGGUAGAGUCCACUGGAAAGUGUGAAUUUCUCAAAAAAAGACAGCAUUGAUUUCAUAUGAUGUUGCAAGGCAGGCCUUAGCAGGCUACCAAGCAAGGUCUAUUACUGGCAUGGCCCAAUCGAAGCCCGUCAAGCUGCA